UUACAUACAGGGUGACAUUAUUUUUUGGAAAUUUGGGAGAUUUUUCUAUAAAUAAAAGCCCGAAGACCUCGAGAGUUUGUAAUAACAAGAGAAAGACGGCAACUUUCCUACCUUAACCUUACCCAAAAAUGGCAUUUCUUCUCUCAGUAGCAAGAAACCUCCGUUUGAAACUCAAUACUAAACCAAAUUACCCAUUUAAAGUAAGCUCAUUUCCCUCUUUUCUAAGCUCAGAUUUAAGGAAAACCAGUCAAAUUUUCAAAAAUGGCAACUUUUUUGAACAGAAACGAGGCUUUAAAGUGGUGGUAGGAGAGAGAAAUGAUGAAAGUGGAGAAGAACAAGAACAAGUAGUUGAAGUUGUACCUCUUGAAAAAUGGUUCUGGAAAUUUAAGGAAGAUUAUCUUGAUAAUUCAAAGUAUGAGAAUGCUAUGGAUGGUUUCAUGAGGAAUGCGAUGAGACUCACUGCUGAUCAACGAACUCAUGAAUUUGCUGCUCUUGAUUCUCUUCUAGGAAAGAAUCUUACUUGGCUUCAGCUUGUCUUGGUAGAUGAUAAGAGAUCCAUCCAGGGGAAUCUAUAUAGUGUUGCUGCUAGAGUGUUCCCAAAUAGCCUAUAUGUUGCUGAAAAUUCGAGACAACUGUUCAGAGAGGCUGCUCCGUAUUUCCUGCAUGAUACAGAACAAUGGGUCUUCUCUCGCUCUUUUGUUCUCAAGGAGUACAACGGUACAAUCCAUGAAGAAGCACUGGAGUUUCCUGGUUAUGAUCCUUUGGGUGGUUUGGAUAAACUUCAUGUUGACAUGCCAUAUGACAUUCGUUGUACCGAGGUCUUCAUGUUUAUUGCUGGAGAUUAUGCUGUAGAAGAAAGGGGCUUGAGCAGUCACGAGGCAGUUCAAAGACUUCUAUACGAGCUCAAUACUGCAGAGGGCAUACGUAAAAUACAUGGAUUCUAUUUGGUGUCUGGGAGUGCCAAAGUGAGCCCCGAGAAGUUGGCUGUACUAAAAAACAUGCAUAUCAGCAUAUGACUUCAUGAGAAGCGGUGUAAUUGGUUUCUAGUAACAAAUUUAUUUGCGCAUUGCUCCUUUUUUGUAAUGAAAAUUGGUGAACACUAUGUGAAGAAUUUGUUGGUUGACUAGGUGGUGGAAAUGUGCUAUGUGCACUUGUGCAGGGAUGGAACUCUUUCCUCUGGUGAUAUUCGACUGUUGUACAUGUCGGCUGCUUGACAUUUUUCUAUUUUUCCGGUCAUUUACUCUUCUCUACUCUAUGGUUUGUAAUCAAAUUCUGAUGAUGCUACAUGAACUACUUUCCCUGCAUAUUCUCCAUAGUAGAGCAUUGUUCAUAAAAUGAUGUACCUAUAAUGAGCAAAGGGGGGACUUUCGUGCUGAUACGAUUAAUCAGAUAGACUUUCGUGCUGAUACGAUU